GCAGUUGCGAACUCUGUCGAGCACAUCGGGUCUCUUAGCCCUCCCAAACAUUUACUAGGCACCGUAUGUAUGACGAUAUCAUAAAUUCCGUUCCUCACUUUUCCAACGUCGAUAGAGUUGCUGUAGCGUAAUUCCGACCCGUUUUUUUUCUUUUCGGAUUCACAAGCUUUGAGCGUUCGAGAUAUAUAAACUUUGAACGGCCCGUUAUAUUCUUCGAUCGUGUCGCAUCUAGAUUGAUCUUUUUUACUUCCUUCCUUUCCGUUCCUAACUUGCGCUCGUUUUUCUUUUAUAAACCCACACAACAAACAGUUUCCAUACCAUACCAGUCCAGUCCAGCCCAGUCUACCGCAUGUUUUGAAUCAGCAAAGUUGGGGGAUUAUCUUACUCGCGAGAACGAACGCCUGGUCUUGUUCUGCCCGAAGGUUCUAGCAUUUAUUUCGUUUUGAGCUUUUCGUACCAAAUGUAUCUCGCUUCCGUCCUCGCAGGCGUCGUGGCGUUCGCAUCCGCUCGCGUGAUCCACCGAGACGACCCCUACGUCGGCGACCUCAGGACCUUCACCGUGACCGGCUGCUACGCCGAGAACCAGGGGGUCGGGACGUUCACCGAGUCCAUGGUCAACAUCUGCCAAUCGUACCCGCUGAAGUUCAGCUCCAUAUCCAUCCACCUAACCGAUGGCUGGACCUUCCGAGCGUACAGCACGCCCAACUGUAAAGAUCCCGGGACCAUCAUCAAGAGGACGAUGCCGGGCGACAACGUGCCCCUGAUCUGCAACAACAAUCCUAGGCCGUGGGUGGCCUACAUGGUCGUCCCGAUGGGGUCUUGGGAGGAUGGGCCUUGUGAUGGGGACGAGGAAUGACUCGAUUCUUCUUGAACCGAACUUAAACCCAUAGGUACCCCAAGUGCUUCGAGCUAUCGGGAACUAGAUGUCGACGAGAUUUUCUUAUUGGGGGGGGCUAUUUCGUCGGUUCAGAUCUACCAUUUAUAUACACGAUAUGUAUGGCUACCGGAUUUCUUUUUUGGUCGAAUAUUAUGUGGAGUUGGUUGGGACGGGAAAAGGCUGCACGAGGUAGCUUUGUGUACGGUAAUCUUUUGACUUCACAUCAAGAUCAGGACUUGAAAUGUAUAAUAUCCAUUAUAAGUAAAUACAUACAAUCGAUACUCGGUCUCGGGAG